AUGAGAUUUUGGUUCUCCAAAAAGAAAAAUAGUUCUGAAUGCAUCAAUAAUAAAAAAAAUAAUGAUGAAAUAUAUAAAGCAGUUUUAAAAAAUAGAGAAGCAAUAGAUGCUUUAGAAAAAAAGCAAGUACAAGUUGAAAAAAAAAUUAAGCAAAUGGAAAUUGAAGCAAAACAAAAAGUUGAUCAAAACCAAAUGAACAAUGCAAAAAUAUUAUUAAAAAGAAAAAAAUUAUAUGAGCAAGAGCUAGAGAAUAUUCUAAAUAAUAGAUUAACAUUAGAAGACAAUAUGAUAAAUUUAGAAAAUAUGCAUUUACAUAAAAUUGCAGUAAAUGCCUUAUCAUAUUCAGCCAACACACAUAAAAAAUUUAAUAAUGAAAUUAAUACACAAAAAGUAGAAAAGAUCAUUGAUAUUAUACAAGAAAAUAAGGACAUUCAAGAAGAAGUUAAUCAAGCUCUAAAUUUUAAUCUAAUAAAUAAUGUUGACGAUGAUGAAAUAGACAAAGAAUUAAAUUUAUUGAAAGAACAAAGCAUGGAAGAAAAACUUAGUGUUGAAGUUAAUAAAAUACCAGAAAUUCCAAAAGAUGAAGAAAAAGUAAAUUUUACAAAUAUUGAGAAGGAAGUUUCAAAAGUUAAAGAAGAGUCUGACGACGAAGAAUUAAAAGAACUAAUUGGAGAAAUGACUUAA